GAUGAUGAUGAUGAUGACGACGAUGACGAUGAAGACGAAGACGAAGACGACGACGACGACGAUGACGAUAACGACGAUGAUGAAGAUGAUGAUAACGAAGAUGAAGAGAAAAAUAAGAAAUUAGACAAAGCUCUGAAGAAAAUCUUGGACAAAGGCGACGGCUGUUUCUACAUCGGCAUGGGAGGUAAAAGCGCGAAACCCAAGAUUCCCUCCUAUCAGCCCUACCAGUGCUGUCCUGCCAAGGUCGCCCACGGCACAAAAGUCGCCAAAGUGACAAAAGUCGGCCCGGUGACCAAGGACAAGGGCAAAGUGCAUGAGAGGUCCGAAAAGCUGGGGCUGCCCGGCCUGAAGCCGAUUAACAAGCUCACCGCAAAGGACAGCAGAAAAACUGCCACGGUGUCAUCGGGGGUUAGCAAAUCGAGCGACCACAAGGCCAAGAAGGGAUUCUUCGGAAGCGGUGUGUCGCGCGGUCCAUGAAGAAAAUCACGAGCCGCAAGUUCUGGACAAGCAAGACGAUCCAAGAAACGUGCCUAGGAAAGCCGGUGGGCUGGCUCCUCGGAUUCCUCGAAUCGUCGGGAUAACAGUUUCGCGAGAGUCUCUAGCCUUCUAACACAAGUUCGAUCGAACAUCUUGUAAACGUUCUAGAGCGUCCGCGCACCGGAUAUAAUAUACGUAACUAUUAAAACGAUUCAACCGCGACGGAGCUAUAAUUUACAAUCAAUUUUUAGAGGAUGGAUCCUAGAAGGAUUUUCUAGAAGUUCAUUCUGUAACGUGUUUAAUUUACAAAUGGAUCGUUGAGGAAUAUUUUUUGAUUAAAUUUGUUUGAGAUGUUAGAUACGUUUGAAUUUUACCGAAGUGAUUCGAUAAUUACAAUUAUAGCUCCGUCGAAAUAUCUACCAGAUCCUUUCCUGCUUCCUACUACAUUGUGUGUGUCUGUCCAAGAACCUUGUAAUCGUUGAUCGAAUCCGUAAUAAUAGGAAUAAAUAAGGGUUGUUCACACGUCGCGACUCGCCGAACUGUAUAUAUACAUAGUCGGCUUUGAUGAGAGAAAAAUGAAAAAAAAAAAAAAAGAAAAAGUAAAUGUACCGCGGUAAUGAAGAAUGUAACUAAACUAGGUAAUCUAUAAACGAAAUUGUACGGGAAAAAUAUGCCGCGAUGAGAAAGGAUCGUGAGGAUACAGUUUUUCUACGUCUCAUUGAGAGUUGGGUCGGGGGUUGUGGCCUGUUGCAGUUGUGGCCGGGCUUCCGUACAUCAUGAAAGUCUAAAGAACGAGCAGAAGGAGGUGGAGAUGAAGGACGAAAUUGGAUCAGAGAGUAAGAGACAGUAACCGAUGAAUCGAAGGGAAAAGGAAGAUAAAAAGGGAGAAGAAGGGAAGAAGAGAAACCAGAAGAGAAGAAGAGACGAAGAUACGGUUGAAGAAAUAUAGAUUGUAAAAAAGAUACGAAUGUUUCGUUCGUUGAACAAACUUGUUCCUGAAACAUGUUUAUCGUCAUUUUGAUUCGUCAUCGAUAUAUCGAAGUAUCAUCAUCAUCGACGUAAUCAUCUGUCUCCCCUACGCUCAUCGUCGCGAACAAAAUAUUUUAAAAUCUCGUCGCAUAUCUAUAAAUCGGCAUCGAUCAUCGAAAAAAUCAUGCGCCCUUACCCUCAUUUAACAUAUCUGUAAUCCCCGAGACACUCUCCUAUAUUUUUCACAAAAAGAUAUAGCCAAACACUCACGUGUAAAUUCUUCGUAACUAAACUUUUCGUAAAAACGAAAGGAAAAAGAACUGCGAAUAUAAAUCAGCGAACUCGAACAACAUCAUCGUCACGCAUAAUUCUUGAUAAUAAGCGUUCUUAAAUCAUAUCAAAAAACACAACAACAAAGCGCACACGCUUCUCGAGAAACAUAAGACUUGUUCAGUCUACGAGGCGAUUUUUAGUAGUCGAUUUUUAAAAAGAAAGAAGGAAGGAUUUAUGUGUAUAUAUAAUAUACAUAUAUAAAUAAGAAAUCCACAUGCAUUUCUCGCGCGAACAGAGAAAAUCUCGAUGCCCGCGUGCGCGUGAAUCAAAGAAUGCGUUCUAAUCAAAUAAUGGCCGAAACCGGCCAUACACUUCGAUCGUCCUGCCAUAAAUUAGUCUUGCGUAUCAUUGUUCUAUUGUUAUAUCGUCGCGACGACACGAUACCGCUGUCCCAUUGCAUUUUUGAUCGGUAACGCUCGCGGAAGAACGGGGUAGGACUUCUUUUUUCUUGGUCGCGAAACGAUCGAUCGAACGAACGAUCGUCGACGAUCGAAUGGAAGAUGUGGCUGUUCGCUCUUGCCGAACGUUUCGUAGUGUUCUACCUAGAUCUCGCGGUAUAGGUUGUAGCGACGAACACUUUCUCGUUUCGUUUAUUAUCUUCUCUCGUUGGUUUUAAUCCUGGAACCUGAAGACGCUAUAGCGAUUAUUAAUUAAUAUCGUCGCUAAUGCAAUUAUCGUUCAGUCUUCAUUUAAUCCUUUCAUGAUUGACAUUGAUGGAUGAAGAUUCAUCGCACAAUCUCUUUUGAAGGCGUCGUAGUUCGAUUCCAGGAUUAAAACGAAUUAUUCUUAAUUAUAUAAUUCCUUAAUCAAUCAGCAGAUCUCUCAAGAGUAUGUUUAUGUCAAGUGCAACGCGAGCGACAUAGGUUUGUAGCAACUUGAUGAUCAUGACAAUCGUAUAUUGAUCUGGAAUAAACGACUGCUUGAUCCACCAUUCGAUUUUUCUUAGUCUCAUUUCAGACUCAGACUACGCAGUUAGGGUCUGCCAAUCGAAUUUACAAAAUAUUCGUGAUUUUUCUUUUUCUUUUCUGGGGUCGCAUCCCCUAUUUUCCUUUCAUUCUCGUUCCUUUUCUUUUUUAUAAUAUACACUGGUACAUACACGCGCGAUACGAUAUCUCAAGUUUGUACAUACGUAUCAUAAAUUUUAUUAUCAUAUCAUAAAACAUAUGGAAAUCACGCGGGAAAAGCAUGAUAAGUUUAUUUCUGGAGAUCUUUUAUUGGCUGAUAACAUAUUGAAUUUUACUAUCGUUCUUCGAUAAAAGAAUAAUUGUUUAAGGGUUUAACUUGUCAUGUUUUUCAUAUACCUAAUAGUACAUCGAUACACGAUGCUGUUCUUAUCCUUAGUGCUACCAUGAUCGUGGCUGCGACAUAAACAUACCUUCUUUGAAAUAUUCCUCAACAGUAAAACGUCGAGGAACACGUGCGUUUCUUGUUACGCCAGCUAUCACUAAUCGCUUUAAUCGCUUACUGGGCCGCACGAGCCAGCACUAAACAAUAUCAAAAUCACAAAAAAAGUAUAUAAAAUAAAAUAAACGAUAGCAGAAGAAAAAUCGAAAAAAAAGGAGUAAAAAAGAAACACAUCGAGAAUUCUUGUUCUUUUUCUCCCCUUUCGAACGGUUCACCUAUGGUUCCGAACGAAAGUUAGGAAAAGGAAAAAUCGAAAAAAAACACCUUAUUUAUUUAUUUAUUUAUUUAUACGAAUGUUUUAUUUGUUGAGUUCUGUAUUCACUGUGGUUCUCAUCGGACGUCAAGUCGAAAAUGCCGAUAAUAAUCUGUACAAAAGCUACGUUGAUACAGAAGUAACAUCGCGUAGACACUGUACUUUUAUCGUGGUCACCGAUCCACGAGCGCGAUAAUUAAUCAGUAAAUGAUAAUUUGCAAUGUGAAUUUAUAACCCGAAAAUUAAGAACAUAGAUAAAAGUAUGAGAAAUAGAAACGAAUAAAAAUACAUAUAUAUAUAGGAUAUAUAAAUAAAAAUUCGAGCAACAGAGAUCAAAUAUAUUAAUCAAUUUCACACGAGAAAUUUAGUCAACAGAGAGGAAUUAUUUGAUUAUCUUAAUCAUCGCGCUGCGUCUGUGAUCGUGAUUAUCAAGGCAUGGAAUUAUUUUACUGCUCGUAAAACGUUUUUGCGCACUUUCUGCCGUACGGCAUCCUCGUUAAUCGCAUAAGAGCAACAUGUACAAUAAUAAAACUCGAUAAUAAAUAUGUUUCCUAGUACCAA